UCGGAGUGUUUCGGAACAGAGGCCAGCAUUUAGUUCCUUAGCAGAGAAGCUCUACAUAUCACUCCGUCGAUGAAAUCCAUCCCAACUUGUUUUGGGUCACAAGGCGGAUAUUUCUAUCGUUUUUUUUCUUCUUCUUCCUUCUAGGACUACAGCUUUCUUCAUCUCCUAGAAGCUGUGCGUCGUGACCGCGCGUUCCUUUUACGCACAGAUCUUGGAGCCUGCAUAAAUUAAAAAAAAAAAAAAAAAAAAAAAAAAAAAAGGACAAUGCCUCGGUCUUUCUUGGUAAAGAAGUAUUUCGCUAGACAAAAGCCAAACUACAGCGAACUGGAAUGUCAGAAUGCAGAUACUUCACUGGAGACCUAUGCUCUUGCUGAGGUGCCAUCAGCAGACACUUCCACCUGCUUCACCACAGGUCUGGUGUGGGACCUGAGCGUCCUCCCCGCCCUCUACCUGCCCACCGCCCAUUCGGAGGCCUCUGGCACCUCGGGCCCCCUGGACCUGAGCUCCCCUUGCAGCCUCAGCAGCAGCGCCAGCAGCAGCGGCGAGGAAGACGAGGGGCGCAGCUCGGACCCCCCCAGCCCAGAGCCCGUCAUCAAGUACGCCCCUCGCCAGAGGAUGAAGUGCACCGGCGUCAUGGCCCACGUCAGCCCCCCCGAAGAAGAGGAGGAGAGAGGAGAGACCCCGGCGAUGGCAGCCAGGCCGGCUUUCCUCUGCAAACACUGCCCCAAGGAGUACACCAGCUUGGGGGCUCUGAAGAUGCACAUUCGCUCACACACCCUACCUUGUGUCUGCACCACCUGCGGGAAGGCGUUCUCCAGGCCCUGGCUGCUGCGCGGCCACAUUCGCACACACACAGGUGAGCGUCCGUUCUCGUGUCCCCACUGCAACCGGGCUUUUGCGGACCGUUCCAACCUGAGGGCCCACCUGCAGACCCACGCCGAGGUAAAGAAGUACCAAUGCGGCGUCUGCUCUCGCACCUUCAGCCGCAUGUCACUGCUGCAGAAGCAUAGCUCCUCGGGAUGCUGCUCCACUUUGGGCUGAGGCGCCGCGAGCGCACGGAGGAAAACCUACCGGGACAUCAGCGGGGUGGAAAACUUUUUGUGAAGCCCAGUUAGAUUGUUUAAGACACCGCAAAGAUCACAAAAUUGCCAAACUUUUAAGAGACCUUGAGGAAAUCCAACCUCACCGUGGAUCUGACUUUACAAGCGUUUUCGCUUCUCUAUUCCCUUGUAAAACGGUUGAGAAGCUUUUUUUUUUUUUUUACUUUCUUCUUCUAUUGUUGACCAAGUUUUUGAGGCUGGACCAUCUGAACUGAACAAAACAAAA